AUGUCACUUAANCUGGAGCGAGAAGACGGUCGAAUUGAGCGAAUCAUUGAACAGGCGCCAAAUGAGGGCACUUUUAGACACGAGAUGCUAAAACGUUGGUGGAGAGGUCUGACUGAAACCCAUCUUUGGGUCUCAGUUCUAGCGAAGCCGAGGAGAAGCCGCUUUACAAGAGUACAGCGAGCAUCGUGCUGCCUGUCAGUGCUGCUUACAGCCAUGUUUGCUAACGCGAUGUUCUAUAAGUUGGAAGGUAAAUCUGAGCAAGUGCUAAAAGUAGGACCCCUGAAAUUCUCGUGGGCCCAAAUCAUUAUCACUUUUAAAAGUGAACUUAUCGUUGCACCCAUAAACAUUGUGACAGUAUUCCUUUUUCAGAAAGGAGCAAGUAAGACUCUGUGUUGUCGUAAAGCGAAGUGGCUUACCUACCUGGCCUGGUUAUUCUUGUUUAGUUCUUGUGUUGUUUCUACUUCGUUUACCAUCUUCUACAGCUUGAUUUGGGGAAAGAGCACCAGCGAGCAGUGGCUAACGUCAGUGCUUGUAUCACUGGGGAAGGAUGUGACAAUUACAGAACCUGCUAAAGUGUUACUCACAGCGAUUUUCCUCGCCGCCAUUGUCAAAUGGAAACAGAGUAGAUCUGAAGGACGCCAAAGCCACAAAGUAGCUAAAAGUAGCCCCUCACAACAGCGACUGUGGAAAAUAAAGCUAUCUGAAGUGGAAGACAUGAGGAAACAACAAUUAAAGAAAAAGAACUGGUCGCUUCUUUUCUUCGAGCUUGUCGUUUACGUCCUGUUCAUCUUCUUGGUGAUGGUCUUGUGUUAUGGCAACCGGAAUAGUUACCAAUAUCACAUGACAAAGUCCAUCCGGAAUGGGCUACCAAACUUUGAAAAGGUUAACGAUAAGGAGAAGCUCUGGAGCUGGUUAAAUGACGCUUUUAUCCCAGGUGUGUUUGCGGGCCGAUGGUACAAUGGCCAACAAGAGAAUCAAACAGUGUACAUUGGAGACAAGCACUCAAUCCUUGUUGGGAUGGCUCGAGCCCGCCAACUAAGAGUUAAACCGAGUAAGUUUUAGUCUCAAAGCUCAAUGUUUUGAAAUGGCAAUAAUCGCCACUUUAAUUGUAUCCGGAAGAAAGUGCACACAGAGGCUUAGAUAAUGGCUAAUCCAUGGCGGUCUUAAAGGAGUUACGUCUCGGUUUCUGCAUCUUGACAAGUUUUGCCUAAAUAUUUUAAGUGCGUCGUUUGUAAUCCGUUUUAAUCUUCUCCAUCCUUUACCAUUGUUGUUCCUUUACUGUUUAUUAUUAUCUCUUUGAUGUUUCUCUACUUUAAUAAGCUACUAGUAUCCGGUUUCUUUCAAUUUAAAGGUAAUUUUGCAUGU